AAUGAAUAGAGAUCAAAAGAAAACUGACAGAGAAAACUUGAAAAGUAUACAAUUACAUAAUUUUUUAAAUGAUAAAAUGCCUGGUCUGCUUCCUCUAUGUAAAAAUCCAUUAAUUGCUCAUUUAACUGCUGCUUGGGAAAAAAAGGAAGAAUCAACCACAAUUAACCCUGAAGAGUUUGAACAUAUUAAAAAACAGUUUGCAAACAUUGGUUUGUAUGAUUUACAAACUUAUAAUCCCAUGAAAACACCUUGUCUCCCAUCUACAUCAAAACAAACUGAUAAUUUACAGGAAUUGGAUUUCAGUGAAAAUAGAAAUGUUAUAAAUGUAAUUAUAUCUAAUAUUCCUGAUAAGUUGAAUAACCAAACCAGUUCAGUUACAGUAACACCCAGUUUAUAA